AUGCUGAGCCUCGACAAGGAUGAUGCCUCAGUUCAGAGGGUCUGCGCUGCAAGAAACAUUCCAAGAGCCAUCAUCAGUUUGAUGCUUUUCUUCGUGCCUAGCUUCCUUCGCUCUCCCGCCAAUACUGUUGAACAGUCUCGCAACGGCGAUGCGUCUACUUCGGCACUCGACGGGUUGCGUGGCUACGCGGCUCUGGCCGUUAUGAACUAUCAUAUUUUGUACGCAUACCAGCCUUUUGUUUUCUACGGCUACGGCCUCUCUGAAAGCUCUGCUACGCAAUGUGCACGGCCUCAAGACAUACAUCACCACAACAGCUGGUUUCAUCAGCUACCAAUACUCCGGCUCAUCUAUGUUGGAACUUGGCCAAUCUCAGUCUUUUUUGUCCUUUCUGGAUUUGUCCUCUCCUAUAAGCCGCUGGUGCAAUCUCGAGAUUCAUCUUCUGGCUUUACCAAGGCGGUUAAGUCUGUGACCUCCUGCUUCUUUCGUCGUCCUGUCCGUUUAUAUGGACCACCAAUUGUCGCCAGCUUCAUCACCAUGCUCGCGAUACAGCUUGGUGCUUACGAACAGGGCCGCAAGAUAUCCAACAAUCCCAAAUGGGUCACCGUCAUUAGUGAGCAACACCAAGAAAGACUGGACUCUUUUGGUGCGCAGCUGUUGCAUUGGCUUGACCAAUCAUGGAGAAUGCUCUAUGUCUUCUGGUGGGGAGACCUUCACAACCGCUACGAUGUGCAUUUAUGGACAAUACCCGUAGAGUUCAGAUGCUCGUUGGCUAUCUUCCUCAUUCUACCGGUGUAUAUGGUGCUUCGGUCAACUAUCCGAAUAUUUUUGAUGAUCAUCUUGAUUGUCUAUGUGUAUGCACUUGAUCGUUGGGAUGUGGCUCUCUUUUUCUCUGGCCUUUUGAUCGCUGAUACCACUAUUGCAUCAAGAGGAGACGCAAUGUCCUUGAGCAUCAAGAAGCCUGGCCAAAAUUGGCCCGUGGUGGCCAUGAAGGUGCUUCUACUGAUAGUCAGUCUUUGGUUGAUGUCAGCCCCAGAUUUCUGUGUCAUGGAGACUCCAGGGUUUCGACUCUUGGGUUGGUUGAUUCCACCAUCAGAUCCAGCUCCGAAUCGUUUUCUGCCAAAUCUUGGUGGUAUUCUUCUUGUAUCUCUGCUCACUCACACUGAGCAGAAGAAUGCUGCUAUAUCGUGGUUGCUCAAUUCAGCCAUACCGCAAUAUCUUGGCCGCAUAAGCUACAGUCUCUACAUUGUUCAUGGACCUUUGAUACACACUGUCGGAUACGCCGUCCUUCCGUUCUUCUGGACAGUUGCUGGGACUGAUGAGACCAAGAGCUACGCGUAA